AUGGCAGAGGUGUUGCAGACCCUGAAGAAUUUUCAAUUCCCAUGCAACUCAGAGAAGUCAGGAUCCAGUGAGCCUCCGAAGUCAGUCCACUCUGUGAGACCUUCUGAUAUUAAAUUUGUGGCAGCCAUGGGCAAUGUGGAAACUCUUCCAGACUCAGGGACCGUCGACCCGGAGAAGCAAAAAUGGACUGACCAAAGGCCAGAGCGGGUGUGCAUGGAAGUAGUGACAGCCCUUUCAGACAUCAUCAGAUAUUUCAACCCCUCUGUUCUGAGGCCCCUGUGCGUCCCUGGGAAGAGAGCGGUACCCCACACUGGUGUUGAAGACUGGCAGGCGCAGGCCGAAGAACUGGUGAGGAGCAUGAAGGAGGACCAGGAACUUGACUUUCAAAAUGACUGGAAGCUCAUCAAUGUGUUUUUCAACUCAAGCCAGGAUUACGUCUGUCCCUCCGCCCAACAGCAGAGGCACACGGCGGGAGGCCUGCACCUUCUAGACGGGGCUCUGGACUACCUGCAACAGGAGGUCCCCAAAGCAUUUGUGAACCUGGUGGAUCUCUCUGAGACUCUGGUGCUCUCUCACUGGGACCAAGGGACUCAACUCAGCCCCACAGAAGAGCCCAGCAGGCACUCAGGGGAGAAUUUGAAGCUUUCCAAGGUGGUGACACAGGGGUCCUAUCAGGAGAGCUGGGACCAGCUCCUGGCCUCCAGCAAGUACAACGAGCAGGAGUCCUUCGUGGUGGUUUUCCAGCCUACCUUCUACGAGACCCCACCUUCGGUGAGUGAGGGCUGCCCACUCCAGGAUCCCAGCACCCUCGCCUUGAAUCUCUGGAACAGCAUGAUGAAGCCAGCAGGACAGAAAGAUGAGCCAUUCGGUGCAGGAGAGACAAGGCCAGUGACCUGUCCCUCUCAGGAGAAUCCCUACCUGUUCACCUACAAGAACAGCAAGUACCUGCCCAGGCUGCUGCACUCUCUCGAGAAGCUUGAGGUGAGAGAUGGAAUGGAAAUCACGUGCCCCAACAAGGACCCCUCCGACACAAUUCCCACCUCAGUUCACAGGUUGAAGCCAGCUGACAUCAAGGUCAUUGGAGCCCUGGGUGACUCUCUCACGGCUGGUAAUGGGGCCGGAUCCAAGCCUGGGGAAGUGUUGGAUGUCUUGACUCAGUACCGAGGCCUGUCCUGGAGCAUCGGAGGCGAUGGCAACCUCAGCAGCGUCAUCACCCUCCCAAACAUCCUCCGGGAAUUCAACCCUUCCCUGAGGGGCUUCUCUGUGGGCACUGGAAAAGAAUACAGUCCUGGAGCCUUCCUAAAUCAGGCUGUGGCAGGAGCCCGAGCCCAGGAUUUACCUUUUCAGGCCAGGAGGCUGGUGGACCUGAUGAAGAAUGACAUGAGCAUAAAUUUUCAGGAAGAUUGGAAGCUAAUAACCCUGUUCAUAGGAGGCAAUGAUCUCUGUGAUUUCUGCAGUGACCCGGUCCACUAUUCUCCCCAGAACUUCGUGGACAACAUCGGGAAGGCUCUGGAUAUCCUCCAUGCUGAGGUUCCUCGGGCAUUUGUGAACCUGGUAAAAGUUCUGGAGAUCAUCAGCCUGAGGGAGCUGUACAAGGAGAAGAAAGUCAGCUGCCCAAGGCUGAUCCUCAGGAAGCUGUGCCCCUGUGUCCUAGAGCUUAGUGAUAACUCAGCAGCGCUUGCCUCCCUCAUCGAAUUGAAUAAGAAAUACCAGGAGGGGACUCACCAGCUGGUUGAGAGCGGUCGGUACGACACAAGGGAGGAUUUUACGGUGGUGGUGCAGCCAUUCUUCGAAAAAGUGGACAUGCCAAAGACGUCGGAGGGACUGCCCGACAACUCGUUCUUUGCUCCCGACUGUUUCCACUUCAGCAGCAAAGCUCACGCUCACGCGGCCAGUGCCCUCUGGAACAACAUGCUGGAACCUGUCGGCCAGAAGACAACACAGCACAAGUUUGAACACGAGAUCAGUAUCACCUGUCCGAACCAGUCCUGGCUGUUUCUGAGCACCUACAAGAACAGAGUGCAGAGUCAUGGGAGCCAGCUGCCAUGCAGGGACAGAGCUCCUUCUGCCUCGAGGCCCACCUCAGUGCACACCCUGCGACCGGCAGAUAUCCAAGUCGUGGCUGCGCUGGGGGAUUCUCUGACCGCCGGCAAUGGAAUUGGCUCCAAACCAGAUGACCUUUCUGAUGUCACCACUCAGUACCGGGGGCUGUCAUACAGUUCCGGAGGGGACGACUCCCUGGAGACUGUGACCACCUUACCGAAUAUCCUUCGGAUGUUUAACGGAAACCUCACAGGCUACUCAGUGGGCACGGGUGAUGUCAAUGACACAAAUGCGUUCCUCAAUCAGGCUGUUCCUGGAGCAAAGGCUGAGGAACUUAUGAGCCAAGUCCAGACUCUGGUGCAGAGGAUGAAAGAUGACCCCAGACUGAAUUUCCACGAGGACUGGAAGAUGAUCACGGUGCUGAUCGGAGGCAGUGAUUUGUGUGACUACUGCACGGAUUCGAAUCUGUAUUCUGCAGCCAACUUUUUUGACCAUCUCCGCAACGCCUUGGACGUCCUGCACAGAGAGGUGCCCAGAGCCCUGGUCAACCUCGUGGACUUCCUGAGCCCCAGUGUCCUGAGGCAGGCGUUUCUGGGCAAUCCGGACAAGUGCCCUGUGCAGCAAGCCAGCGUGUUAUGUAACUGUGUUCUGACCCCGCGGGAGAGCUCCCAAGAGCUGGCCAGGUUGGAGGCCAUCACCCAAGCCUACCAGAGCAGCAUGCGGGAGCUGGUGGAGUCAGGCCGCUACGACACCCGGGAGGACUUCUCUGUGGUGCUUCAGCCCUUCUUCCGUGACAUCCGGCUCCCCCUCCUGGCGGAUGGGCGCCUGGAUAUGUCCUUCUUCGCUCCAGACUGUCUCCACCCAAGUCAGAAAUUCCACACUCAGCUCUCCAGAGCCCUUUGGGUCAAUAUGCUUGAGCCGCUGGGAAGGAAAACGGAGACCCUGGACCUGGCAGCAAAUAUAGCCCUCUCCUGCCCCACUCAGAGCGAGCCCUUCCUGAGAACGUCCCGGAACAGCAACUAUACCUACCCCACCGAGCCGGCCGUUGAGAACUGGGGCAGCGACUUCCUGUGUUCAGAGUGGAAUCCUUCCAACAGUGUCCCCACCUCAGUCCAUGAGCUCCGGCCAGGAGACAUCAAAGUGGUGGCCGCCAUGGGUGACUCGCUGACCACAGCAUUGGGAGCCCGACCGAGCAACUCCAGCAACCUACCCACGUCCUGGAGGGGACUCUCUUGGAGCAUUGGAGGGGAUGGCAUCUUGGACACCCACACCACACUGCCCAAUAUUCUGAAGAAGUUCAACCCUCACAUCCUUGGGUUCUCCACCGGUACCCUGGAGGAGACAGCAGGGCUGAAUGUAGCCGUGGAAGGAGCCAGAGCAAGGGACAUGCCGACCCAGGCCCAGGACCUGGUGGAGCGAAUGAAAAACCACCCGGAAAUCGACCUAGAGAGUGACUGGAAGCUGAUCACGCUCUUCAUUGGGAGCAACGACAUAUGUCAUUACUGCGAGAAUCCGGAGGCCCACUCAGCUGGGGAGUACAUUCAGCAUAUCCACCAGGCCCUGGACAUCUUCUAUAAAGAGCUUCCAAGGGCUUUCAUCAACGUGGUGGAGGUCAUGGAGUUGGGUGGCCUACACGAGGUCCAAGGCGGGAAAUGUGACACGCUCCUGGCUGCGCGGAGCAACUGUACCUGCCUCAGCCAUUCCCAGAAGAAUUCCCUGGAGCUGCAGGAACUGAAGCAAGUGAACUGGGACGUCCAGAGUGGCAUCUCCAGGUUGUCCUACGGGCCCCAGUACCUGCAGCGUGAGGACUUCACUGUGGUCGUGCAGCCUUUCUUCCAAAACACUCUUGUCCCCCUGAACAGCAGAGGGGGCGUUGACCUCACCUUCUUCUCCGAGGACUGUUUCCACUUCUCAGAACGCGGCCAUGCCGAGAUGGCCAUCGCACUCUGGAACAACAUGCUGGAGCCGGUGGGCCAGAAGACAACCUCCAACAACUUCACCCACAGCCGAACCAAACUCAAGUGCCCCUCUCCGGAAAGCCCUUACCUCCACACCCUGAGGAACAGUCAGCUCCUCCAAGACCGGUCUGAAGCGGACCCCAACGUGCUCUCCUGGGCCGUGCCAGUGGCGGCAGGAGGCGGCCUUGUCCUUGGGGUGGGCGCCAUGAUGGUCUGGAGAGCCGUCAGAGGUCGCCAGCAGGAAACUCCUCCAACGAGCCUGAACACGAUGAGCUUCUAAGCCUCCCGCCAUGUGCAGGCGCUCACCCGAAAAUCCCCAGCCACGCUCCUCACCGGCCCUCUACCUCAGCCACCGUGGCCACCGCAGAGAGCCUUUGCUUCAACACCUGGCAACACUGGAUGCCAAAGGGACAGUCACGACUCCUUGGGGUCUGGGGCCUACGUGCCUGGAAUUGCCAGAUUUAAAUAAAGUCCAAAGUCAUUCUA